AUGGCUCAAAAGAGUAAACCAAAGCCAAAGCCAAACUAUGAUCGGAAAGCAAAGCACCCAGACUAUGUCCAAUUUCGGUGCAAUGCCUAUGCUUUCAACAGCAUCAUUAGAGACAUAAAGGACAAGCUCAAUGAAAGGCAGAAGAAGCUUCUCAAGAAAACCCCUUUCUGGAACUUGAUCAAGCUGUUUUACCACCAAAGAAUUGACAUGAAUAACAUGAAUAAGUCGGACCUUGACUUAGUACAGCUGCUCAAGACAUUUGAUCCGGAUACAAAGUCCUUCAAAUUUGGAACCAAAUCAUUCCAAAUCACAGGCAAUGCAGUGACACAGAUUCUAGGACUGCCAAAUGAAGGCAAAUCUGUCAAACUUGUCAAUGAUAGGUACACUUCUACCUUCAGAACAAGGCACUUUGGAGAGAAGGGAAAACCAUCAAAAAACCAGUUUCUACUGUGUGAGAGGACAAACAUCAUACAACCAAUCCUUGGCAAGGAGAAAGAAACUCCUGCCAUUCUUAAAUGGAGUCUUGUGGAACUCCACACAAGAUUCAACCAAAUAAAGGACUUGAAUGACAUCGAGUGUAUUUUCAAAACUCCUAAAAAGCGAAAAACUACCAGGGAAGAGGAAGACACUGUUGAGAAGGGUAUUUUGAAAACAUAUAAAAAGAGAAAAACUACCGGAGAAGAGGGAGACCCUCUUGACAAGGAAAAAGAAAAAGAAGAUGAUGAGGGACAACAAGGAGAAGCAGAGGAAGCAGAAAACCAAGGAAAACCUGAUGAUGCUGAUCAAACUCCAGAAUUAAAAGAGGCUGGAAAAAAGAAAAUGUUUGAGAAUGAAGCUGGAAAAGAACCUCUUGCAAUUCAAGACCUCUUGGUGAAGUCCAUGACAGACCAAAUCAACUACCGCAAACAACAAGAUCCUAGCUUCGUUUGCCCAGAAAGAUUACAACUGUGGAAGGAUGAAAAAAAUGAAGACAGUGAGAAGAAAAUGAAGGAAUUGUGGGAUAUAUUUAUCCAAGCAGAAAAGAGAUCAAAGGAGCUGGAAGUGGAGUUGGCAACAUACAUGGAGAAAUUAGAUAAUGAAGAAUGUGUGACUGCCAUCAUGACAGUGGAAUCUACAAUUCAGCUUAAUGAAAUACAAAAUCUGAAAAGGAGGAUUGCAGAAUUGGAAGGCAAGGAAACUCGUAUUGACAUGGAGAAGAUUGCCAAGAAAAAGGAGAUUCAAGGAAAGUACAAGGUAACACAAGAGGCAUCUCAGCCCGAUGCCACAAAUCCAAUUCCCGAUCCCCCAAAAGGAACGAGCCUUCAUGAUUCAAUUCCUAUAGGUCUGGAACAAUCAAGUGAUGAAGAUGAAGGACAAAAAAAGCCAACAAAGAAAAAACUUGGAUGGGGUCAGAGGAAGGUGUGGCAGAAAAUUCCAAAGGCGGAUAGGGAAAGAAUUGAAAAACACUACUUAAGUACUCAACCUCGUGAUAUCUUUUGGGCAGGACUCAAUAGUGAGAAAGUGACAAACCAUGAUCUCAAAGAUAUUGUAUGGGACCUGGAACUGUCACAAAACGUUAUUGAGGCCUAUAUCCAAAUAGAGGAGGAUAAAAUAGACCCCAUGCAGACAGGGAGUCCACAGUACAUGUCCACAUGGACUUGGGCUUACAUGCAAAGCUUCCAAGAGCCAUUUUGGCACAGGGCCCUGUAUGAACACUUACUUGAAAAACUCGGGAAAUGCAGUGUUCUUUUCUUCCCGAUUAUUUCAAAAGAAGAGUUCCACUUCACACUUCUCACAUUUCACAAAAAUGAACGAAAGUGGAGACACUACAAUCCACUUAGAUCGUUGGGACAUAGAAAAGAAGAAAGGUGCAUUGACAUUGCUCGAAACUUUGUUAAUAUUGUUGAAGGGUGGCUAGAAUAUAUAAGACCUCAAGCACGAGUGUUCAUAGAAACUAAAAAAAAACCAACAAUUGUGAAGCAAAAGGAAGGGCCCCCGACACUUGUACAAAAAGAUUUGACUCCAACUGAAGAACUCACUCUCAAUUGGAUUAUGCAAAAUCCAUUGCAGUUUCCAUUUGAGGAUGACAUGGAAUGUGCUCAACAAACUGUAUCUUCAUUGGAUUGCGGCAUGUUCGUCAUGUUCUAUAUGGAUAAAAUAGCACAAGGACAGCCCAUUCCAAAAAGCGUGGACAAGAAAUUCAUGAAUGAAUAUCGAGCACAAUAUGUCACAAAACUCCUACACCACAAAAACUGUGUAAUUAAUCGUCUCUAGUGAUUUGCCUUUCGUUAACUCAAGGCAAUAUGUAUCUUAAUUCUUGUGGAUGUUUGUAAAUAUUUCUAGUUAUGGUAUAUGAGAACAUAUUUC